AUGGAGGAAGAUCAGAAGAACGAACUGCUGUCUGCUGCCAAACUCAGGACAGGUGUUUCUCCUGAAAAGGACUGGAGCUCUUCUCUUGGGCUCAUUUUUGUACUACAAGUGCUGCUGAGCUCUUUUAGCUGUUCUCUUGUUUCUUUUGCUGCAAGUGGAGGCGCUAGAGAUCAAAUUAGAGAAGCACUGCUGUCAUGUGUGCUUGAUAGAUGCAGAGUAGUGGGUAGAUCUGUGGAGCCGAGGAAUAGGUCACUCUCAUCUCAUACUCCUACAACCCAAGGUGGUCAACAACAGCAGCUCCUUCCCUGCUCGUCGGCAUCGAGGAUGAGUCAAGACGCCGUUGGGCUGGGCGCCUCUGGGGCGGCCGGCGGCGCAUCAGGGGACGGCAACGCAGGUGGUGUUGGAGGCGGCGGCAGAAGGUCCGGCGGUGACAACGCGAGUGCGGGUGGGGGCGACGCGAUCUCUGCCGGCGGUGGUGGCACGACUGGUGCCGGCGGCGGCAACUGCUGCUGGGGAGGUGGGAGCACGGGCACCGGCAGCGGCGACAGAGGGGUCUCGGGCACAGGCAUCGGCUGCGAGGGCGGCGGCGGCGGCCAGGUGGCGGCUUCCGGGGAGGGAAAGGUGGGAUUUUGCGCGGGCGUGGGCGGUGGGCGGGCGGCCGUGGCGGCGGCGGCGGCGGCGGGCUGCUGGACGGCGGGGUCGGUGUCAGGCAGGACGGGCUGGCACGCGUCGGCGGCGGCGCACGCGGAUGAGGCGGAGUUGGAGCUGGACUUGGCGGCGGCGCGGUGGAGGACGGCGCGGAAGGCGAGGACGACGCCGACGACGGCGAGGGCGGCCAAGAGGGCGAGGAAGAUCUUGGUGGCCUUGCCCACGUAG